AUGAAUAAAGAUGUGAAUGAAACAAUUAGAAAGAGAGAACAAAAAGCCAAAACCUUAGAAAAGAGAGAAAACACAACAAUCUUUACUAAUACUAAUGAUAAAGAAGUAAGGGUUGAGCUAGACAAUUCGGUUUGGAAGGAACCCGAUAGCUAUUGCUAAUAUUCUAUUACCCAAUAAUCAAGAGGAGUUUAGUGGGAAGUUGAGAACCCAUAGACUCCACUUGUAGAUUCUAGAGCUGAAAAGGGUCGCUUGUUGAAGGUGUGUAGAUUCUAGAGUUACCAUUUUCUUGAUUCUUUCAGCUGCAAAUGUGCAAAAAAUAGUCUUGGGUAGACGGCUAUACAGACAUAGGUAAUUAGUGGGUUUGUUUUCAAAUUUGGCAUGGAUCGAUACGCCUAGAGAUUUUAUCUUGAGGGUUUGAUCAAGAUUGAAUUUUCAGCUGAAUCUGAAGUGGGGUUUAUUUUGUGCUGAAAACCUGAAGUGGGGUUUGUUCAAAAAUUGAAUUUUGUGCAUAAUUUGAGGGAAUGGAUGAGACAACAACUUCAGGUGAAGGUGCAACAGCCCCAACAGAGGAGUUGCUAAAGAAAAUCCAAGAAUUAGAGGCAGGGCAUGCUCAGCUGAAAAAGGAGAUGUCUAAGCUUAUGGUUUCAAAUGAUGGUAGAAGAUCAGAGAGGCAAAGGUCUCAUUCUAUUUCCCCUCAACGGCCCCCUCGCCUUAGGGGUUCUGCUGCUGGUUUUGAUGCAUUGGGGAAGAGGGGCUCCACUUCUUUCCGGCAUUCGUCACCUUUGCAAAGAGAGAGUAAUAGUAAAAGUGAGCCUUGUGGUGGAGGUGCAGGUCCAGCUGCAGUCAAGUUUACUGAUAGACAGUACUUGAGCAUAUUGCAAUCAAUGGGACAAGCAAUCCAUAUAUUUGAUCUCAAUUUUCGUGUUAUUUGCUGGAAUCGAAGUGCUGAACAACUAUAUGGUUAUUCAGCUGCCGAAGCUCUUGGGCGGAAUCUCCUUGAGCUAAUAGCAGAUCCUAAGGAUCAUGCUGUGGCAAAAAUCAUUUUAUACCGAGUGGCAAAGGGUGAGAAUUGGACUGGACAAUUUCCUGUGAGGAAUAAGCGAGGGAACAGAUUUUUAAUCGUAGCAACAGACACCCCUCUUUAUGAUGAUGAUGGUACAUUUAUUGGUAUUAUUUGUGUAUCAAGUGACGUGAGGCCAUUUCAAGAAACAUCUACAGAGGUGAAGCUUAUCAAAGCUGAUAAAAGUUCUGGUGGGCCUAGAAGCAUUGCUUCUGCGAGACUUGGACUUAAUCCACAGCAACCUCUGCAAGUUGCCAUUGCCUCCAAAAUAUCGAGUUUGGCUUCAAAGGUGAGCAACAAGGUUAAGUCAAAAAUGAAAACCGGAGAGGGCAGCGUUCUUGGGGAAGGUGGAAGUGGAUGUGGUCACCAUUCUGAUCAUGCUUUUUCUGACGCUGCUCUAUCAGAUCAAAGGGAAGAUGCAAAUCCAAGUGGAGCGAGUACGCCCAGGGGAGAUGUUCAUGUUUCUCCAUUUGAGGUAUUCUCCAAUGUUGAGCACUCUCCAGAAACACCCUCAAGAAACUCGAGGGAUGAGAGUGAGGCAAAACCUGGGAUUUCUAAGAUUAUAACUUCAAAGGCAGAGGCAUGGAUGGUUAAGAAGAACUUAUCAUGGCCAUGGAAAGGCAAUGAGCGGGAAGUGUUAGAGGCAAAGACUACGCGUUCUGUUUGGCCCUGGCUAAACAACGACCAAGAUAAUGAGUGGAAUCAUUGUAAGAGUUGUAAUGCAGUAUCAACAUCAGACGAUCAAGUUAUUGAAAGUAACCGUACAACGACCAAUGAGGCUUGGGGAUCCUGGUCAUCGUCAUUUAAUGUUAAUAGCACAAGCAGUGCUAGUAGUAGCGAUAGCACCAGUAGUACAGCUGGUAAUAAAGUGGAUACUGAUACUGACUGCUUGGAUUAUGAAAUCUUGUGGGAGGACUUGACAAUUGGAGAACACAUUGGACAGGGUUCUUGUGGAACUGUUUAUCAUGGGCUGUGGUUCGGAUCAGAUGUUGCGGUUAAAGUAUUUUCGAAGCAAGAAUAUUCUGAUGAAGUCAUAUAUUCCUUUAGACAGGAGGUGUCACUGAUGAAACGUCUCCGACAUCCAAAUAUUCUUCUUUUCAUGGGUGCGGUAACUUCAUCUCAACACCUCUGCAUUGUCACAGAGUUCCUGCCACGAGGAAGUUUGUUUAGGUUACUACAGAGGAAUGCAUCCAAACUAGAAUGGAGACGGCGUAUUCACAUGGCUUUAGAUAUAGCUCGUGGCAUGAACUAUCUUCAUCAUUUCAGCCCACCUAUAAUUCAUCGGGAUCUGAAGUCUUCGAAUCUUCUUGUGGACAAGAAUUGGACCGUUAAGGUUGGGGACUUUGGUCUGUCACGUCUUAAGCACGAGACAUAUCUAACAACAAAGAGUGGGAAAGGAACGGUAUUCAACUUGAACUGAGGACCUCAUUUUCUUA